ACCCGGCGGCCCAGGAGGCUCCCGGCGCGGCGGGCGCGGCGGGCGCGCACUCCCUGUUCCUCCUCCUCCUCGCUGGCGCUGCCUGCCUCUCCGCACACACUGCUCGCGCCAGGCGCGCUCCGCCGGCUCCCUGCUCUCCGCGCCACCCUCCUCCGGGCCGCGCUCCCUGAGGGAUGGUACUGAAUUUCGCCGCCACAGGAGCCCGGCUGGAGCGCCCGCCCCGCGGCCUCGCCUCCCCGCCGAGCCGCCAGCGCCUCUGGACGCGAUGAGGACUUGGGCUUGCCUGCUGCUCCUCGGCUGCGGAUACCUCGCCCAUGCCCUGGCUGAGGAAGCCGAGAUCCCCCGCGAGGUGAUUGAGAGGCUGGCUCGCAGUCAGAUCCACAGCAUCCGGGACCUCCAGCGACUCCUGGAGAUAGACUCCGUAGGGGCUGAGGAUGCUCUGGAAACCAGCCUGAGAGCCCAUGGGGUCCACGCCACUAAGCAUGCACCCGAGAAGCGGCCUGUGCCCAUUCGAAGGAAAAGAAGCAUCGAGGAAGCCAUUCCUGCAGUCUGCAAGACCAGGACGGUCAUUUAUGAGAUACCUCGGAGCCAGGUUGACCCCACGUCUGCCAACUUUCUGAUCUGGCCCCCAUGUGUGGAGGUGAAGCGCUGUACUGGCUGCUGCAACACCAGCAGUGUCAAGUGCCAGCCCUCACGCAUCCACCACCGGAGUGUCAAGGUGGCCAAGGUGGAAUAUGUCAGGAAGAAGCCAAAAUUAAAAGAAGUCCAGGUGAGGUUAGAGGAACACUUGGAGUGUGCGUGUACGACCUCCAGCUUGAAUCCAGAUUAUCGGGAAGAGGAGACGGGUUAUUGGCUAUUGUAUCGGAAAUUGCGUCUGGCUGCUAGUAACACCAGAAACAACAGGGAUUGAGAUAAGAUGUGAGGUGAGGAUGAGCCAGCAGCCCUUUCCUGGGACAUGGAUGUACAUGGCGUGUUACAUUCCUGAACCUACUAUGUACGGUGCUUUAUUGCCAGCGUGCGGUCUUUGUUCCCCUCCGUGAAAAACUGUGUCCAAGAACACUCUGGAGAACAAAGAGACAGUGUACAUUUGUUUAAUGUGACAUCAAAGCAAGUAUUGUAGCACUCGGUGAAACAGUAAGAAGCUUCCUUGUCAAAAAAAAGAGAGAGAGGGAGAGUAAACAAAACCACAAAACAUGACAGAAACAAAACGGACUCACAAAAAUAUCGAAACAGUCGACGGAGUGGAGGGUCGCCCCCCGCAGGGUGGCAGUGCAGUGUGGAGGUCUCAGCAGACUGGAUUUCUGUCCGGGUGGUCACAGGUGCUUUUUGCCAAGGACACAGCCUGCUUUCGGAAUGACUCCAAAGGGAUGCCAGCGGGCUCUGCAGCGGCACGCAGGAAGCUGGAAUGUCUCGAAAACCGCCACGCGAACUUUAGAAACCACACCUCCUCGCUGUAGUGUUUAAGUCUAUACAGAAACCUUCCUGAGAGCCUUAAGCGGAUUUUUUUUUUUACACCAUAAAGUGAUUAUUAAGCUUUCCUUUUUACUCUUUGCCUAGCUUUUUUUUUUUUUUUUUUUUUUAAUUAUCUCUCGGAUGACAUUUACACCGAUAACACACAAGGCUGCUGUAACUGUCAGGACAAUGCGACGGUAUUUUUCCUAGCAGGAUGCAAACUAAUGAGAUGUAUUAAAAUAAACAUGGUAUACUUACCUAUGCAUCAUUUCCUACAUGUUUCUGGCUUUAUGUGUUUCUCCCUUACCCCACUUUAUUUUUUAAUUUAAGCCAUUUUGAGAGAACUAUGCGUCAAUCAAUCGUAUACCAUCCCUGCAGCUCUGGCCCCUGGAGUUCCUGUUUGUGGCUGGGUGGUACCAUGUCCCCCCACA